AUGAAUGUUUCUCAUCAGUGGAGUGGGUUUUUGGACCGUAAUAUCCCAACCAUUGUAUUGGAGACAUUUAUAUUGUUGGUUAUUGGCUUGCUUGCCGGUGGUGGAAAUUUCCUCGUUGUAUUUUCAAUUUAUCGUAAUUCAUCACUUCGUACAAUAACAAACUAUUUCGUCUUAUCAUUGGCCGUUACUGAUAUUCUCUAUGCUGUUUUUGGUAUAUUUCCUACGAUAGCAUCGUCGAUUGSCAGYAAUGAAGUCUUUGGGAAUGGCAUCUGUACUCUCCAAGCAGUAUCAACCACUGUUUUGCCAUUUUUGUCAGUAGUCAUGAUUGCCUUUUUGGCCGUGAAUCGAUAUGUUUGCGUCUGUAAACCCGCUAAGUAUAACGAAUAUUUCAACAGGAAAACAACUUUGAUAUAUUYAAGCGCCGUGUGGAUCGUGGGACUUGGUGUUAUCAUUGGAAUCGAAUUAGCCGCAUAUUUUGRGAAARUAUUUUCGUACUUUUUGCCCGGUAGAAUUAUGUGUAUUGUUGGAUUUAAGAAGAAGAAACCCGAAGCGGGAGUUUWAGAUGUGCUUUCGAUAGUAGUUGGACUAAUACUGCCAUUUGUGUUUGUUCUGUCUUGUUACAUGUGUGUAUUUAGGAAAAUACAACAACAUAAGAAACGUAUUGUGUGUCGUAUGAACUAUAUUCGAAARAAAMCCGAUGAAAAUCAUGGAUUUGGCCCAAACAAAAUCAACAGCACCGAAAAUACCACUCAUAUGGAUAGUGGURGAACUGGCCCGGGCAAUGACGAUGCCAACGGCAUUGGRAACAGUAAUGGUGAUGGCAACGUCAAAGGCAAAGGCGAUAGGGUUGGUGUUGACACUAGUUCAAAUGGCAUUGCUAGAAAAACGCAAAAACUUGGACCUACAUUUCAGCAGAUCAAARUGACAAGGAAAUGCUUUGUGGUUGUCGUAGCGUACAUUGUUAUUUGGRUUCCUGUUAUUGUAGUCCUUCUACAUUUUGCUGAUGUGCCUCGUCAGGUUGAACUUAUAGUGACGUACUGCAUGGCAGCAAGCUGUGCAGUCAACCCGUUCAUAUACGGUGCAAUGAAUAGUGCGUUUAGAAAAGAGUAUACUCAUAUAUUGCGAUGCAAAUAG